AUGGGGAUGAGCCCGCAGCAGCCAGCAGCAGGAACAGACAAUCCAGGACAGCAGCAGGAUCUGCAGAGACAUGGAAAAGGGGCAGCGGGCUCGGGAGCAGGGAGCCUGCGGCGCUGCGAGGCGAGGAGAGCAGCUCCGGAGCCGCCUGAGCCCUCGCCGCGGGCUGCAGCACACACAGCGCUGGGGCUCCCCCUCAGCGACCAGACCGCGGCCACGCUGCCGAGGCACCCGGAGCCACGAGCACCCACCAGCGGCUGGACGGGAGCCCUGGGUCCCUGCGGGCAGUCUCCUCUGCUGUGCCGGUCCCGGAGCCGGCAGCCACCCGCUCCCACGUGGGGAGCAGGCUGCAGCGGGGCCCUGCCGCGGGGUGCAGAGCCCGGCCCCCGCGGCCCCGGCCCUCCAAGUGCCCCCAGCACAGCCCCGGAGUCCCCGGCAGCGCCGCUGCCCCGCCGGCAGAUCCCGGGCCUCGUGCCCCCGGAACGGGAUGAGGAGGAAGCGGCACCGGGACAGGCACUGCAGGGCAGCGGCACGGCGGCGGCCGAGGGGACACAAGCCGCCCCCCCCCCCCCCCCCGCAGCCCCACAGACAGCUCGGUGCCGAUCACACCCGGCACACGCGGGGCAGAGGCCGGCCGGGAUCCCUCCCGGCACCGAUGGACACCGGAGCCCGGCUGCCGCGCGGGGCCGAGGCCCGCGGAGCCGCCGUCCGCCCGCAGACCGGCGGGGCGACGGCUGCCUGCGAGGGCGGCCGGGCCAGGCAGGCCCGCGGGCGCGACGGGACGAGGCCUGGUCCCUUCUCGCCCGCGGCGGCGGCUCCGGUCGGUCCCUCCGACAGACCCAGCGCGCGCUCCCGGCCCCGGCCCCCCCCCACCGCGGCGCCGCCUCCCGCCCCGGCCCCGUCGCCCCCCCGGGGUCCCGCCCGGCCGGGGCCGCCGCAGCUGUCAAACCGCCGGCGCCGGCGGGUCGAGCCGUGCCCCGGCCGCGUCCCCGUGCCCUUACCGCGCGGCCUGCCCGCUCCCGUCCCGCCGGCGGCCGGGCCCGUCUGUCGGCGGCGCCGCGUCACUCCGCGGGGCGCCCGGAGCGCCCGCCCCGGAGCCGGGCCCGGCCCAGGCAGGGGCGGCCGGGGCGGCCGGCGGGGCCGCUUGUUUACGCCGAGCAGCUGUCAGCGCCGCCCGCCGCCCCGCCCCGCCCGGCCCCGCUCCGCUCCACUCCGCUCCGCUCGGCCCGGCACUGCCCGGCCCCGGCCCCGCUCGGCCCGGCCCGGCGCGGCGCGGCACGGCCGCCGCUCCGCCGGGCGCCGCCGGAUGCCGUCACCGCCGCCGCCCGCCCCCCCCCCCCCCCCCGGGGCACUGCGAGAACCGGUGCCGCUCGCCCCGCCGCGGGCAGACCCACCCUCAGCCGGCACCGGCACCUCCGAUCCCCCGUGGGGCCGCCCAUGCCGCGGAGCGAGAGGCCCGGAUCAGCCCCGGGAGCUGCCAGAGCUCCCGCGGGCCCCGGCUCCGGGCAGGGUGCGAGGGCGCCCGCAAAGACCGGCGCCCGGAGCCGCCCUGCCUCCCGUGCCGGUGCCGCGCACAGCGGGGGGCUCUGCGGCGCGGGGCACGAGCUGACCCAGACCGGCCCGUUCCAGCCCCGGGGCAGCGCGCUCCUCGCCCGUGCCGAUGGGAUCACCCGCUGUAAGCGGGGUCCCGGCCCCGCUGAGCAAGUGCCCUGGAACCAGCGACACGAGCAAAACCCAUCAGCCCGGUUUCAGGAGAGGGAUUCCCACAAGGAGAAAAGACACAAACACCCGCAGCUCAGGCACUUCUGUGACCUUAUCUACAUCCCACGGUGCGGCUCCUGCUCUGGGACAUGGCAGCGGCGCUGUGCUGGGGAGAGGGACUCCUACCACGUCCCCAGGUACCUGAUAAGGGGAGCCAGCGGACUUCCCAGAAGAGGAACCAGCUUCCUCUCUGUGGAGGAAGUGGCGCAGGAUGGCAGCCGCGGCGGCGGUGCUCUGGGACUCAGUUCUCAAGAGGCCCCAUCUGUGCGGGUGGGAGCUGGAGCCGGGGCCGCCCCAGCCGGGCCCCGCGAGGCCUCACGGCCCCCGUCUGCUGACGCGUGCGGCAGGAAAACCCCGCUCGCAGCGGAGCUGCCACAGCCGCUGCCCUUCCGGGCAAGAGGCCACUGCCGGGACCUCACCGCUGCCACCGGCAAGCGCAGGGGCGGCCCCAGCCCCGCAGCACGGCCAGAGGCUCCUGUGCACCAGAAACAGCGCCGCCUCUCGGUGCCGGCUGCGCCCGGGGCUGCCCUGGGGCUUGGUGGAGCGGGGCCGGAGCGCUGGAGCUCGGCUCCGCCACCGGCCCCGCGGGAGUCACGGUGA